AGGCGGCGGUGGCUACCAUUCGCAAAUCGCAAGCCUUCGGUACGUAGCGAAUAAAAAUUCCUGCGUUACCCGUGACAGCCCUCCGCCGCCAUCAUUUCUCCUCUUCUUCCGCACAAUCGCCUUCCUUCGACACAUAGCCGCUCCUAUUUCUCGGUUUCAGUCUCCCCUUUUACAGUCCUUAGAGGCAGAUAGGCUUUCUAAUGGGUAAGCAGAAAGGAGAAGGUUUAAGAAGCAAGAAUCGCCCUUCGAGCAGCAGCCUCUCCGCGUCGUUGGUGCCUCUGGGAGCUUCGAGCGUUGGAUUUGGAGGUUAUCUUGGGAGUUCAAAGAUCGAAUCUUCUUCUUCAACAGAAGAAUAUCCAUCAUUCUUGAAUGUGGAUAAUGAAGUGGCACAGCACUUGAAGAGACUUGGCAGAAAGGAUCCUACCACAAAGGUUAAAGCUUUAACUGCAUUAUGUUCACUGUUCAAACAAAAGUCAUCAGAAGAAGUUGUGCAGAUAGUACCGCAAUGGGCAUACGAGUACAAAAGGCUAUUGCUUGACUACAAUAGGGAAGUACGGCUAGCUACACAUGAUACCAUGGCCGCUUUUGUUGCUGUUGUCAGGAAGGGUUUGGCUCCAUAUUUGAAGUCUUUGAUGGGGCCUUGGUGGUUUGCUCAAUUUGAUCCAAUUCCUGAGGUUUCUCAGGCAGCCAGGUUUUCCUUUGAGGUGGCAUUCCCUGCGCCAGAGAAAAGGUUAGAUGUCCUUAUUUUAUGUGUGGAUUCGAUCUUUGUAUAUCUCGAUGAGAAUCUGAAGCUCACACCAAAUGUGAUGUCUGAUAAGGCUACACCUAUGGAUGAAUUGGAAGAUAUGCACCAUAGAGUGAUAUCGUGUUCACUGACAGCCAUAGCAACUCUGAUUGAUGUACUACUGAAAAAAGAAAUAGAAACCAGCUCUGAAAAUAUUACCACUGAACAGAAGCUUGCUUCCAGAGCUCGGAUAACCGUUACAUCUGCCGCGGAAAAGUUAUUCUCCGUGCAUAAUUUUUUUCUAGAUUUUUUCAAGCAUAAAAACCCUGCUGUUCGUUCAGCAACAUAUUCCGUUCUAACAAUCUAUAUUAAAAAAAUUCCUCAUGCUUAUAAUGAAGUAAACAUGAAAUCUUUAUCAGCUGCUAUACUGGGCGCUUUCCAAGAGAAAGAUAUUUCAUGUCAUUCUUCCAUGUGGGAUAUGAUUUUGCUUUUCUCCAGAAGAUUUCCAGAUGUUUGGCUUUCCAAAAGUACACGUAACACCGCCUUAAAUGAACUUUGGAAGUUUCUAAGGAAUGGAUGUUACGGAUCAAAAAAAGUUUCGUACCCAGCUUUGGUGAUUUUAUUAGAAUCCGUCCCUCCUAAGGCUGUUAACGGCGAGCAAUUUCUUCUCCUAUUUUUCCAAAGCUUCUGGGCUGGAAGAAAUCCAUCACACUCGGCUGCUGAUAAUUCUUCUUUCUUCAAGGCAUUUCAAGAAUGCUUUUUAUGGGUCUUAGAUAAUGUCUCAAGGUUUUCCAAAAGUGAAGCUGACAGAAGUCCUCUCUCCAUAAAACUUGUCAAUACUAUUCUUGUAAUGCGUUUAUGGUAUGAUUAUCUUCCAGUCAAUUCAAAAAUUGAUGGGGAAAGUUCCCUGAAAAUGACUACUGGGGUUGAAGAUGAUCCAUUAUCAAAUGAAAAGUUAGCUGAAGCGCAAAACUAUUCUUCGAGUUAUAUUCAAGAAUUAGGCAGAUGUAUUAUCAAUAUAUUGACACAUAUUUCGUUCAAAGAACCAAGUUUGCUCCAUGAUUUUUAUGCAACAUUUUUUAAGGAUUGUUUGGCUGUUUUACAACAAAGAAUCUUUUCCAAAAUAAUUCAGGAAUAUAUGGAAAGGAUUAUUGACUUCAUUUUUCUUCUUGGACAACUCCCAUUGCAGAAGGGUCAAACGUGGCCCUGGGAAUUUCUGAUCGGACCGCUGAUCGCAAGCUCUUUCACAACAAUUAAAACUCUUGAUUCUAUCGAUGCUGUUGAGCUUUUGUCCGUAUUGAUCAGAACGUUUGGGCCGGUGACAGUGUUAUCACAUAUUCAUGUAUGUAACACAGAGCGCUGCAACCAUAGCUCAACCAUUAAAGGUGAUGAUAAUGAUUUCAGAGGAGAGAAAUUCUUACAAACAUUCAGGGAUGAUUUUGUCCCUUGGUGUCUACAGAAUCACACUAGCUCUAGUUCUGCAAAACUCGACCUUCUUCUUUCUUUAAUUCUAGAUGAAUAUCUAUCCGAUCAAUGGUCUGCAAUCAUUGAACAUUUUGCUAAACUCUGCAAACUCUGUGUAUCCGAUUCUGAUACUCUACAUCACCAUGAUAAACUUCAAUCAUUUUCAGUGCUUUUCGAGAAACUGAGGGCGAAAGUCCGUUUAAUGAUAACUGAGAAUGUGCGAACGGCUGGAGUUUUACCCGAGCAUUGGCAUCACGAGUUGUUGGAUUCAUCUGCAAUUUCUAUUGUUUAUGAAGCAACUCUCUUUUCUUCAUCUCACGCUCAACUUUUACGAGUAAUACUUGGAGGCUCAGGUGAAGAUGAUAAGAUAUGCUUUCUUUCCCGUGCAGCAGUAACAACAAUAUUUCAGGAGAUCUUAAAAAUACUGGUUCUUUAUCUUAAUAAAUCUUCUUUUAACUGGGCCAGACACUCAUGCUCUUCCCUUUUAUCUUUGGCCUCUCUGGAUUUAACCGUUUCACAGAAGUCCUUCGAGAAUGUGGAAAUUGUGCAAUUUGCUUUUCAGGUUCUCGAAGGUAGCUUCUUUUGCAUGAAAAUACUGGAUGAAAACGGCGCUUUGAUUUCUUCCAUUUUGGCAGCCUUAUUUAUUAUUGACUGGGAAUGUAGUAUUUCAUCACUUACUGAUGAUAAAGAUCAUUCUGAGAAUUAUCAUAGAACAGAAGGAAUUCAAAUAUUACGAGAUUCCCAAACCAAUACAGACCAUCAUUUAACAGAGAAGAUUGAUGCCAAGUUGGCUCUAAAAAAACAAAUAUAUUCAUUUCACGAUUCGCUUCGUACUCGUUUCUCGAGUAUUGUUAGCCUGUGCGACUCAUCUGAGUUGCGAAAUAUAUUAAUUCAGACCAUCAGGUCUUGUGUUUCUGAAACAGGUAAACUCAGUUCUGAUGUAAUUUCUUCGUUGUGCUCUUCAUGGGCUAUAGAUCUGCUGGAAAUUACUUGCCAAGAGUAUAAUCAAUUCCAAUGCAUGUUGGAUCUGUUGUUAUAUGAGGCUGAGUCAUGGCCAUUGUGGGUCACACCUCUUUUAGAAGAUGGUCGUAGAACUGCUACUCUUCGGUGUAUGAGAGCAAGUGAUGAAAUCAAUGAACUAAGCCAUGGCAACUUUCUUGCUUUGGCUGACAAGCUUAUAUCAAAUCUUGGCGUGCAAAAAGUGAUUGUUGGUUGUACUGAAGAAAUUCCAGCUGAUAGUGCUCCAAAUUCUCUACAUCCUUACUCUCGGGCAUGGCUUGCUGUCGAAUUUCUUUGUACAUGGAAUUGGAAAGAGGGGAAUGCCUUGAGUUCAUUAAUCGCAUUUUUAUCCAAACACACAAAUGAUGAAAAUCCUACGAAUAAAGUCACGAUAAUUUCUUCUUUGGUCAAGAUCCUGUUCGAUGGAGCUCUCAUCCAUGGUACCCAUAAUCCUUGGAUUGUUUUCUGCUCUUGGAUCACUUCAGAUGAUGCUGUUGAGAAUAUUGAAGACCCCUUUUUACGCGCUCUCAUUUUUCUGCUGCAUAACUUUAUUGUUAAGGAUAAUAUAUGGGGCAGGCUUGAGACUGAUGAUUUCAUUAAACAUGUUCUUGAUAAACUUUUUUUAAAUGGCUCUGUAAAUAGAGAUUGUCUAAGGAUUCUUCCUUAUGUGCUGAGUUUUAUCGUUCGAUCUUUGGUAUUUCAAAGGACAGAAUUUGAUGAAUCCACAGAAGAUGCUUCCUUUGUUCCUUUUGAAUCUGUUGAACUGUAUGAUAAUAUCAUAAAUUGGCUUGAAAUUGCUGCUGCAUUUCCGCCUUUGCAUUCGUUGGAAACUGGAAGUAAUGAAGCUUUAGCAUGGAUUCAAGCUGUCUUGGCUUGCUUUCCUUUAAGUUCACGAGAAGGAAUGGGGGAACUGAAAGUGGAGGUUCUGAGAAAUAUCAGUGAAAUGGAGAAAAAAAUAUUGCUAAGUUUGUUCCGAAAGCAACGGAGUGCUGCUACUGUUUCUGCUGUGCCUUCAUCAUCUACUUCGACUUUUGCUAUUCCGAUGAAGGCGGAGAUGAUCAUCGCAAAGCUAACAGCCAUUAUAGUCGCUUAUUGCUGGGACGAGCUUGUGGAGGAGGAUUGGAGUUUUGUGAUCACUAAAUUGCUCAAAUGGUUAGAACCAUCAGUUUUGUUGCUAGAGGAAUUGGCGGAGAAUGUCGAUGAUGAUUUUACAAGUAACACCCCUUAUGAUACAGAAUUCAUUUUAAAAAAACUCAAACAAGUUGUGCAGCAAUUCGAUCCUUUAUCAGCGAGUCUUUCUUCUACUUCUUUAGUAACAUUCUCUCUUUUAUCGGAUGUCCUUGAACGCCAAAAAGCUGAUAGUCUUGAAGAUUUGCAAUCUAUAAAACAUGGAAACUGGCUCCAGGUUAAAGACCAAAUUUUGCAAAAUGUUCUCCGUUUAUUUUUCACAACCGGUGUUGUUGAGGCUAUUGCAAAGUCGUGUAGCGAAGAGGCUUCGUCAAUAAUAGCAUUAAGUAGGGUAGAUUAUUCACUAUUUUGGUCUUUAAUUGCAUCAUCUGCUAUAAAUACGCCAGAAAAUGCUCGAAGUAAAGCAGUGGAAUCAAUGGAACGUUGGGGCCUUAGCAAAGGGCCGAUAAGCUCUUUGUACGCCAUUCUUUUUUCUUCCAUACCUAUCUCUUCUAUGCGACGUGCUGCUUUUAAUUUUUUAUCAACCAAGCCCAUUAUUCACCUGUCAAUUUUGAAAGAAACAUUUCUUGAAAGCAAUGGCAUAGCCAGUCAGGAGCCAUAUUUUUUCAACACUAUGGAUAGAAUUGCAGAACAAACCCUGUGUUUAAGGGAAGAAAUCUCUUGCUUCAUUCUGAAGCCAACUGAACUUUCAGAAAUGGCAUUGACAGGCCAUGAUAGGAUAAAUGUUUUUCUCUCGUGGGCUUUAAUGCUCGCUCACUUACAUUCAUUGCCAUCUUCUUCCACAACAAGAGAAAGAUUAGUUCAAUUUAUACAAGAUUAUGUUAGUUCAGCAAUAUUAGACUGUUUAUUCCAACAUAUUCCCUUGAAGGGAGUUGGAACUGGCGUAAAGAAGAAGGCGACAGAGCUUUCUGGUGUUGCAUUACUGGCUGCAAAUUCUGCCAUGAAUGCUAUAAGUACAGGGUUUCUUUUGUUAAUUAUGGAGUCACUUUGGCCUGUCGAAACUAAAGGUAUGGCUUCACUUGCUGGUGCAAUUUACGGAAUGAUGGUCCGGCUCCUACCUUCUUAUGUGCGUGAUUGGUUCACUAGCUUGCGUGACCGUUCUUUGUCAUCUGCUAUUGAGUUCUUCACAAAGGUUUGGUGCAGUCCUCCUCUUCUUUCAGAUGAAUUAUCUCAGGUUAAGGAAACUGUUCUAGCCGACGAAAACUUCUCCCUAAAUGUAAAUAAAUCAUCUUAUGAGAUAGUUGCUACAUAUAAAAAAGAGGAGACCGGAAUGGAUCUGGUGAUACGGCUUCCUACUUGUUACCCGUUGAAGCCUGUGGACGUUGAGUGUACGAGAAGUUUGGGAAUAAGUGAAGUAAAGCAAAGGAAAUGGCUGUUAUCAUUGACUGCAUUUGUACGCAAUCAGAAUGGUGCAAUUGCCGAGGCCAUCCGCAUAUGGAAGAGCAAUUUUGACAAGGAAUUUGAUGGAGUUGAGGAGUGCCCCAUCUGUUACAGUAUCAUACACACCACCAACCACAGCCUUCCUCGCCUGGCUUGCAAGACCUGCAAACACAAGUUCCAUUCUGCCUGCCUCUACAAAUGGUUCUCUACCUCUCACAAAUCAACCUGCCCCCUGUGCCAAACUCCAUUUUGAACCCAUCCCCAUCAAAAUGGUCUCAAGAACGUUUGAUGUGCUUCGAGAUGAGUGCCAUACAUCGAUCUCAAAGCAGAUCUACGGAUUUUGAGUCGGAACAUGUUUUUUUUUUUUUUCCCCUAUUUUUCUUCCUUGGAUAUUUGUAUAUAGAUCUUAACAGAAGCUUUUGAUAAUGUGAACUAUAUGUUUCUGUAAUACUGAUUAAGAUUGAUGAAUUUUUCUGAAAUUUUUAUGGGGGUGUUCACCUACAUACGGCCCGUUUUCUAUGU